UCUAGGUUUAUAAUUAUCUAAAGUCGCAUCUUAAAUUUCAAAUCUUCAACUUUAUAUUGAAAAAUAUUUUUGCUAUUAGAGAUAACUUAACAAAUAUAAUUCUUAAAUAAUUGUAAUUAACCUUUAUUUUAAAUCCGCAUUUUUCUUCUGAAACUACUCAAGCAAUGGUUUUUCAUAACGUCAGAACUAUUUUCUUCGCAAAAUGUGCAUUGAUGAUUUUAUUUCUAGUAGCUAGUCUAACCGCAUUCACGCAAAGUGGCAAUUAUGCAGUUCUAAGGGGCUCAACCACCAGGAUCAGCUGUUUUUCUCCAGAAGUACAAGUAAAUGAAGUGCGACAUAGCGGGGACUCUUUCAUCUGGACGGACGAGAACGGUAUCGAAAUAAUUAAUGCACGAUUCACCAAGUUGAAAAAUGGCGACUUGGAGAUCUCCAACGUUCACAUUGGUGACAGUGGAGUCUACAAAUGCAAGUACCGAUCACCUAUUUACGACAACACAACUGGAGAGGCAAGUGAACUGUUUGAGCACAGACUCAUUGUGUAUGAGAUUUCAGGCCAUAAGUUCGUGUCUCGAGUGUUUCUGGACAUGUCUGAGAGCAGUGUGGAACUUACGCUCCCUCUUUUGAGAGACAUCAUGGCAGCCAAAGUGUGUGGUUACGAAUUGUGCCUUCUGGGACCCAUUCAACUGUUGAAAUGCGAACUGCUCGAAACAAAGAAGCAAGUGUGCGAGUUCUCCAUAUCAUAUGAGGCGGUUAAUCAAAUGGCGGACGAGAGAUGCGAUGAAAACUGUGUCAGAGAAAGCAAGUACGAAGGACUUAAAAAGGCAGAAAAAAUUCUCAUAGCACAGUUACAGAGUCUGUCUUCAAAUCCAAAAAGUGGUCUUAAAGCGGAUAUGAACACUUUCGAUACGAAGCAUAUGGCUACAUGCAGAGCCGGUUUCCAUUUUGUCAAAUCCUUUUUUAAAAGGUGUUUUCCUUGCCGGCCUGGUACUUAUAGCAGGAAUAAUAGCAAAAGAUGUGAUUUGUGCAACAUCGGUUUCUAUCAGGAACAUUAUGGCAAACACGACUGUGAUCGAUGUGAAGAAGGUAAGACGACAGACAACUUAGGAGCACAGUCUAAAGACGACUGCGUACCAAUAGAAGGUCAAGGACUUUUAAACGAUAUCAAGAAUGGAAUUGUGUCUUUAUUUACUGGUGGAAAUUCGAGGUUGUAAAUUAAAUAAAAACUGCACUCUGGUGCAUAAAUUUUAUUUGUUCGACUCUUUCAUG